UAAGAAUGGUGAAGGUAGGGUUUGUGACAGCUCACUACACCUCGCUUACCACCAGAGACUUUACACCACAAACAUCUCUUCAAGAUGGGCUGUCGAAAUAAAAAGAGAACAAGUAUAAUGCUUAUAAUAUCUGGGAUUGUUCUCAUUGCGGUGGGAAUCAUAACUGCAAGAUUAAUAGUCAAAUCGAUUAAAACGAAAGUGGAUGAACGAAUUUGUGUCGCGAGUAAAGACGACGAGAAUUAUGAAAAUUGGGCCAAACCAACUACGCUUCAGACUUCUGUGUACUUCUGGCACAUUAAGAACAAACAAGGAUUCUUAUACAGCAGAGAAACUCCUCAGCUCGAAGAACGAGGCCCGUACGUCUACAGGACAACCAGUGAAAAAAUCAAAAUAGAUUUCGAAAAACAAGGUCAAGUUUCUUACAAAACGUUCACAAAGCAAGCGUUCGAUGCAGAAGCAACGAAAGAAAAAUGUCCAGAAUGCAAAGAGAACGACAACGUUACAGUGCUAAACCUUGCCUACCUGGGCCUAAUGCACCAAUUCGAAGGGGAUUCAAAGUUCAGUACGUUCAUGAUUCCGCACGUCGUUCAGGGAUACAUGACCCAACUAGAACUAACACUUGGUAGCCGACAAGCAAGCUUGUCAUACCUUGGAAACGUACCAAAUACAAGCAACCCCCAGUUAGCUUUCCCAGUGUUUGGCCAGUGGUUACGUUCAAUUUCUCUUAAGACUCUACUAGUAGAUGACAGACGGGGAGGAAAGAGUUAUAAUUCUUCAGAAAUGGCGGGACUUUACAAUGUACUUGUGAACGCUACCCUGGUUUUACCUCCUUYGACAUUUAAUGCUUCUGCAGCGAAUUACACAGCUCAAGGGAACGGUUUGUUGUCGUAUCUGGGAUACUACGUGAAAGUGAAAACAAGUGCACAAAAUCAGGCAAAUAUAACCAAAACAAUGAUGGAACUUGAGGCAGAGCAAGUGAGGUUGCGAAUAGACGAACUAUUAUGUCCAAACUCUUUCUCGUGCUUCAAGGUCAAAGAUAUCGAAACAGCUCAAGCCUUACUGUGGUUUAUCACUACACACGUACCAUCCUGCGCUAUGGCGUCCUUAGAUAGCUAUAACUAUGGCAUUCUUGUAACCAGAACACAGAAAGAGUUGGCCCUUGGUUAUGUCAUGGACAAGCUUAAACUCCCCCCAAUGUUUCCAAAUGGUAUACCUGUUGCUGGGAGUUUGACGAAUCAUGUCAACAUCGACGAUGCGAGCGCAAAUGCAAAGAAAAAAUCAAUGUAUACUUGUAGCACAGAAAACGUGGACCUCGCUCAUACUUAUGCAGCAUACGACGACAAAACUCAAGUACCUUCCAAUAUUUAUCCCAAUGUUCCACCAUCGCAGUCCAAGAUAGCCGGCAGUUACGACGCGCAGUUUUCCACGGUUCCACAACUCUCUCCGUGUUCUGAUAGGUACCCACCAACAAAAAACCACUACGAUGUAUUCUUUGCAACAAUGUAUCACCGCUUCAGGAUCACUUACGACAAGCUGGUGAUCCAGCAUGGGGUUGAUAUGCACCGUUUUCUGUUAGAUCAAGAAAAUUUGAAGCAAAACAAUUAUUCUAUCUUUACGGACGGCAUCAUUGAUUUACGUAAUUUGAAAGGGUUUCCAGUAUCUACGAGUCUGGCUGGAUUUUUGUACGGCGACACGAAGCUCUACCAACAGCUGGGCAUGAACAAACCCACUUUCGAAAAAUAUGGAAGUUUUGUUGACAUCGAACCAAUCACUGGCUGGCCCAUGAACCUAAAAUUUCGGUUCCAAGUCAACUCAGUCAUAACAAAAGGCGUGAUCAGCUCACCAAGGCUUGUACCGUUAAACAUAACCUUCUAUGAUAUGGAAGAGAAGAAGUUAACCAAGUAUUUCCCUAUCUAUUGGGCAGAGCAAGGAAGGACUCUUACAGAAGCAGAUGCAAUAGCGCUAGAUGAUAAGCUCGUGAACAUAAUCCGCGUCGCCUGCAGCGUUACCAUAGUAGUGCCAAUCAUCGGCGGGCUUAGUCUAGUGGCUGGAUUCAUCCUUGCUAUUUUAGCUUAUAAAAAAGGAUCUCGAGAGUCCAAUGCUGUAAGCAGUAUUGACAACAGUUAAUCUAUGUUCUUCAAGAUCAUGUGACAAUUUUCCCGCCAUUAACUGAUUAAUUGUCAAAUUAAA